AUGCAACGUUCUCAGACAACUCCUGAUACGCCAUCAAAGAAAUCCGCAAAACUUAAAAAAUUCUUUGGUGAUGAUGCACCUGCUGCAGCGGCUGCAGCUGCCAAACCCGCAGUUAAUGAGCGCCCGUGGUUCUUACAUUAUGAUUACGAUGUAAAUGAGAUUGUGUACAAUAUGGAGGGAUAUGUUAAAGGUGGAUCUCUUCCAGCCCUUGUCGAGCGUUUGACACUCCACGACUUCUUGGACAUGAAUUUUAUCAACACUUUUCUGCUCACAUACCGUUCAUUCUGCACAUCAAUGGAACUCUUGAAUCUUCUGGAGGCACGCUACAACCUUGAGCCACCACCAGGCUUGUCUGAAGAAGACUUGGAAGUCUGGACACAGAAGAAGCUCAAAUUGGUGCGACUGAGAGUAUUCAAUGUGUUGAAGAAUUGGCUUGAGUUGUUUUACAAUGAAGAAGACCACAUCAUCCUCGACCAGCUUUCAAAGUUCAUUGAUACCCGGAUCCGGAGUACCCUUAGUUUCUCUUGCGAUCAGUUGGAGCGUCUGAUUCGGAAACGCAAGGAGUCCGAGUCGCAUGGUGGCCUAAAGAAGAUGACACUAUCACUGCCGGAUCCUCCGGAACCAAUUCUUCCCCGAAACAGAAAGAAGUUCCGUCUUCUGGACAUCGAACCUCUCGAGAUGGCGCGCCAAUUGACAAUUAUGGACUUUAAAUUGUACAGCUCUAUUCGGCCAGUCGAGUGUCUUGAUAAGGCCUGGUCGCGCGACACAAAUGAUGAGAAUGGUAGCGUGGCCGUGAAUAUCAGGGCUUCUAUUGAAUAUUGUAAUCAGAUCACAGCAUGGGUGUCUGAAGCAAUCCUGAGCCAAAGCGAUAUUAAGAAAAGAAGUGCGUAUAUCAAAUAUUGGGUGCAUGUUGCAGAGAAAUGUCGUCUUUUGAAUAACUUUAAUACAUGCAUGGCGGUGCUAUCCGCGUUUGACAACAGUUCAGUUGGGCGUCUAAAGAGAACCUGGGAUAUGGUUGGUGCCCGCACUAACCUAACUCUUUCCCAAAUACGUAAACUGAUGGGUGCUAACCGGAACUUUACCGAAUAUCGAGCCAUGAUCCAUUCAAUCAAUCCUCCCUGUAUUCCAUUUCUGGGAAUUUAUCUUCAAGACUUAACGUUUAUUGAAGACGGAAAUGCCAAUUACCUGAAGAAAACAAAAGAGCUGAUCAAUUUUGCCAAACGUGCUAAAACGGCCGAAGUUAUCCGUGAAAUUCAACAAUACCAAUCAUCGCUCUAUCAGCUAAAACCAGUUGAAGAAUUACAAUCAUUUAUCCAAGGCAGUCUACGUAGCACACGCGACGAAGAUCAGCUGUACAAAGAAAGUCUCAAACUUGAGCCAAGAGAGCGGGAAGAUGAGAAGAUCGCUCGACUUUUACAGGAAUCAGGAUUCUUGUAA